AUUAACAAUGAUCUUAUUCGUUAACUAAACCGCUGUCGAACUUGCAAUUCUUUUCAACGCGAUACUCAUGUUCUGCAACAACAUCUCCAAUAAAGGUUCGCGCCAAUCUACCACAGACCUCGAUAUCAACACCGAAUCGAGGAAACCAAGUGAAGUCUUGUUAUUAAACGCGUUCUUUAUUGUGUACCCGAGGGCCUCACGCCCGCCAAAGCUAUGCAUCUUACCAAGGUCGAGAUCUUGAAUCAAGAUAUAGAUCCCGAGGGCAACACACCCAGUUAUUACAGAAUGCUGGUGAACAAAAAGCACUUCAAGUACAUCACCAUCGAUCCAGGAAUCUACGAAGUCGACGACCUAUGUUUCCCACCAAUCCUCCUAGAAAAGUUGCCGCCAUUUCCCGAAGGCGACUGGAACUGUGGUCGCAUCUCGCAAACGGCGGGAAGUCCAACGCCAUUCUUCGCAGAGACCUUCAAGGAAAAUCUCCCUUCAAUCAAUCCACUGUGGCACUCAAAGUUCUACCCAUACCUAUCCUUUGAAAUCGGAGAAAGACUCAGGUCGAACGUCUACAUGGCAUCUUCCCCACAAUUCGAGAAACCAAUAGUCGCCAAAUUUGCGAGAUUCCACUGGGAGAUCGGGUACUACAUCGCCGAGACUCAAGCGUAUUCAUGGAUAGAGGGCCACAAUAUCGGGCCGGAGUUCUUAGGGUACUUAACUGAAGAUGGACGGGUUAUCGGAUUCCUCAUCGAAUAUGUUGAAGGUCACCACGCUACGAUCUCGGACCUUCCUGCCUGUGAGGCCGUUGUCAGACGAUUGCAUGGAUUGGGAGUCCUUCAUGGCGAUUUAAACAAGCACAACUUCUUGAUUUCGGAAAGGGGCGCAAUUCUCAUUGAUUUUGAGACGGCAAAGCAGUCGGAGAAUAACGAGGUUAUGGAAAGGGAAGUGGAGGGAUUAAAAGGGCAGUUGUUGGACGAGUCUGGUAAUGGUGGAGUGGUUCUGGAGGCUUAAGAAGUGGUGAUGAGGAACCGAUUCUCCGCCACUAUGGCCUGUAAAUGUAGCAGAAAGCCUAUAAUGAUCAACUUACAGUUUGUAACG